UCUACUCAAAAUUUGCUCUUAUUCAUAAUGUUCAAGCUUACAUCUUCUGUUCAUCCCAGCUUCACGCUCUUUCCUUUCAUCGCCAUAUACUUUCAUCUUAUAUACCUUUUUUAAUCAUAUUGAACCAGCAUGUUCCACCCUUCGGAGCACGAUACAUCAACUUCGUUGGCGCGCCAGUUGGUGCAAAAUGUCCCUCGCGGUUCUAAUCUGUUCCGGGCUUCACGAGAACUACUUCAUGCUACAAGAUACCCUUCUAUACACCCUUCGACUUAUCAAAUCCUCAUAGCUUUUGCUGUGGUCCAUACCUGCAUCAUGGGGGUAUGUGGUAUGGUUAUCGUGGUACCAAUUGCGUUCAGUAAGGUCAAGCGAGGAAAAUACAUGUGGAUUUUCAAGAAAGUUUACGCCGGGAAAGGUCAAACACCACUCUAUAUUCCAAAUAGUGCCCUUGCAGUUGCAUUUACCCAACUGAUUAGCAGCAUGUUAUGCUUGGUGUACUCUGGUCUCUAUUACCUGUCAUUUACGUCACCCAAGGUGGCAAAUCGAGUUUAUCUAUACGCUUGGGUGCAAUUGAUGUGGCUUUUCGGAUUCUAUGGAUAUUGGAUAACAGGAUGGUCUGGGUUAUGCACUAUCUUGUGUUCGCCAGUAACCCAAAUUCCUCGACCGCUUCGAAAACUGGUAAACCGACCAAAUGCAGUGAAUGCAUUCCACACACUAGUACCGAUAUUCGUCUCUGUAUGUACUUUGGCGUGGGUUGUACUCCUUGUGUUUGCUUAUCACCGGGAGUCAGAAGGAUAUAACCACCUUGACGCUUUACUCAAUGUCGCUGCGAUCCAACUGGACAAUCAAGAAAGUCUCGAUGUUAAAACUCUUUUUAAGGUGGCUAUACAAUUCAUGACUUCUGAUAGUCAACUUAUUCGGAUAGUUAGGUGGAACUCAUAUUUCUGGGCAAUGCUCGGUUUUCUUACGCUUUUCCCAUUUAUCUUGUCUGGUUGGUCUAUGAUUGGACUCCUGAGAAAUAGUAGUUCCUCUGUUCGACAAAUGAUGCAAGCAGCUGAAGGGCUCAAAAUGCCCGACUCUGAGGGAUUGUUCUAUACGGAAAAGAUCACUAAGGAACUCAGAAGAGGUUAUGUUUAUGUUGCGUGUCAUUUUUCGGCAAUGUUACUAUCAAUGGUUUAUAGCAUUGUCAUCUGUGUGCUACUAGGAGUCAAGGCAGACAAAGUGGUUCUUGAGUCAAGAUGGAGGUCAUUGGGCUCUUGGUUAUAUCUUGUGUGUGGGGUGAUAGUCGCAGGUGCAAUGCUACUGCAAAGUUGGAGGAUCUUCACGGAUUUGGAUGUCAUCAUCACCGAAACUAGUUCAGCCCCGGGAGAAAGCGACACAAUGGCAGCCAGUCAAACUUCGUCCUCAGUACAUCGACCAGAUAGUAUAGGUUCUUUAGAUGACUUGACCCUUCAGGACUGCACGAUGAAAGAUCCAAUGGGAUCAGUUCAAGUGGUUCAAAUUCAACAAGCCAGAGUAGCAGUCCGUCCGCCACGCGCUCAAGCAAUAACCAUCCGGACAGCUUUUUGAUUCAGAAAUUGUCGGAAAGAAAAGCUCACAACAUUUUAAUAUUCCCUCCCCCUUUUGCUUUCAUCAAACCUCCGAUGAUUCCUAUCCCAUUUUCACCGGUGAAAUUUUUUUUAGACUUGCAGAAUACACAUUCAUUAAUCCCCAGCAUUUUUGUCCCCUCUUCCGUAUCUUGACCUGGAUGUAUAGAUUUCUUGGAGUAGGCAAUCUGAGAUAGUCUACGAGAUGUUAUAGUCACGAGUAGAUGUUAUAGUCACGAGUAGAUGUUAUACGUCACAUCUCACAGAAGAGGCUGAUUUUAUAUUUCUAGUUUUUGUUAUAUUUGCAUAUUUCUUGUUUCAAAAUUAUUCUAUUCCAAGUGUCAUACUAUUACGCUUCUUGAGCUCAACAAAAUUUAAUUACAAAAACCCUCUUUAUUUUUCUUUCAAUAUCAUUUUCUCUAUGAUCAGUUUCACAUUACCUUGUUCUAACAUUUUCACAAUGUACGUAGUAAUUGACUUCAGAGUACUUAGGUUUCAUUCUUGAUUUCAAGUUAUCGUUUAAUAUAUUUUUCUACACCCUCACUAUAAACUAACACUCUUUAUAAACUUGUAUCUGGUUGUGAAACAUUUGUGAUUAAUAUAUUGCCGCAAUAAUUAAGGCUGCACAUCUACAAGAAUGUAUAUGGCAUUC